AUGCCCCUCCGCCGACCGACUUCGCCUCUUAUCCUCGAAGAGCUGUCGACCAAUGAUUCCGAUAUAGAUGACGUGCUUGGAUCGGACGAUGAACUGGACGAGUCGACCCGUGCUGCGAAGCGGAGGAGGAUCGAGAAGCUGGGCGAGUCCUACCUGCAAGGAAAGCCACUCUUCAUUGCUUCCGCUUCGCUCAGGGGUCCAUUCGACGAUGGCUGGGUCAAUCCGUGGAAGAAGCAGAGGAAGCAAUGGCGGGAUUCGCUAAGCAAUCUCAAGAAGAUCAAUUCUUGCGCAAAGACAGCUCCUGUGGAAGGACGGGUGAUACCAGAAACCGAUGUCAAGAAACGCUGUACCGAAGAGCCUUCAGCAACCAUGGGGAGAGGCAACCAGCCCGGAGAAAUAGUUAGGAAGAGAAGCACUGUCUUCCCAGGACCAGAAACAGAUAACCACGGGGGUUCAGAAGUCUCAAAUCCGCGUGAGGCUUCCGUAGCUUCAGGGGCUUCAUCCAACGCUCGGAAAAAGCAAAGAAGAUCGCUACCUUGGAUCGAAAACACCACGGCAUCGACAGAAUCAGGACCAAAUUCUUCUGAUAGAACAUUCAAAAGUGAUUGGCUGAGAAAAUCUAACAUGACCAUCAAUGUUCGUGAUGUAGAUCCACCAAAAUCUCCUACUCCUCUCUAUGCAGGCCGCCGUGAUAGAGUCAAGGAGAUUGCAAAGAAAAGUUCUCAAACAGCGACUUCUCCAACUUCCUCUCGAAAUAUUCCCUCAUGGCCCGCAGAUUUAUGUGGUGCUAAGAGGAAACCUUCCCCACGUGAUUCCUCGAAUGCAUCGCACGCCUCAGGACUCUCGCCGCAACGAGACGCUCGUGGUGCAGUUCAGCCCCCAAUCGUGGAUGAGGCUGAUGCCUCUCGACCCCAGGGAAAAUCUAUUGCUCCCGCUCUACAACAUGCUGUAGCAGAUCCUGCCGAGAAUCGAUCUAGACGAUCCUCGGUGUACAUUGUUCCGCCGUCCUCGCACCUUCCAGAGUUUAGGUAUCGUCGACCCAAGAAUCCUGUUCAACCUGAGGAGUUUUCCUCGAGCCCAUCAAAGUGGACGCGGGCUGCAGAUGGAGAUGUGUCUGGUAUGACUGGGCCUCAAAGAGAGAUAAGUGUUCAGGAGGCCAAGGAGCUUCCAAGCUCUGCACGCGGUUCUUCAAACCAAAAGCACGACUCGAUAUGUCCUAAUGACCAUGGUCGUAGACCAGAUUCUACCCGACUGCGAGCAAGCAUUGGGCCAGGUGCAGAACCUUCCGGAUCGAGGAAUCUUGCUUCGAACUCAACAGGAAGUGAACAAAUCCCAUCGGCUCAAGUAGUGCCAGGAAAUCAAGGACUGUCUGAUCGUAUGAUUUCGCUGCAUUCAACUGAGCUGCAUGGUGAGCGAGGUACGCAGAAUGACCGGGAAGAUGACGAUGCACAGAUUUCCACACAGGCAGCCUUACUGCUUGCGCAAAAAUCUUUUCAAGAUGAUCUUACAACACCAAAAUGCGGAAUUCAACCCAAGUCUGCUGCUAGUCAUCCAGACCACCAGUCCACUGCCAACAGGAUCACACCGUUCUCUCACAUUAACACAACACCGGAGCGACACAGUGACAAUGUUCCAAUGACAGCUAGAACUGAGAGAUUCCAAGCACUGAAUACCCAGGCCAUGAUUGAUGCAGUUACACCAUUUACCUUCAGCACAUCCAAGAAGUCUGAACCUUGGAUGGAACCAGGAUCUGGUCUUACAAAGACUCUAUCAAGCCUUAAGCGACGAAAGAAGACAUGCUUUGCGCUGUCGUCGUCUCCGCCUCGAAGUGUCUCAUCUUCUUCAGAUGGUGGUCUUCAGCAGCAAGAUGCACCAGCCCAUGCGAUCCCUGGCAAAAACGUGGAAGCGUCACAAAUUGCAGCUACCGGGUUCGACCAGGUAGAGACCGAGAACUCAGUACAGGGGUCAUCUCAUGCCCUCCAGUUGACAUUAUCUGGCUCAACGCCUACAACAGAACAACAGGAUGGCCAGGGAUUGCUUGGUGGAAUGGAUUCAUUUAAUAUAAAUCAGGUGAUCCAAGACGCAGGGAGCUGGCUCCAGCAAAGCUGGGAAGUUGAAAAAGAAUUGAGGCGUUGCAGUGGUCAAAGCGCCCAGUCUUCCUCUACACAGACUCAGAGGGCGGCAACCACGUUCGUUUUAAUUAAAACUUUCAUGAGUGUGCUGAUGUUUAACCUCCCGGCAGACUGGUUGGGUACGUCAGAUAAGCACGGGUGGGACAACUGCCUAGCGCCACGCGGAGCUCCAUCCAACACUGUUUCCACUCCGCCUGGAGCUCUGCGACAACCCAUCUUCAACCCCCGCGCAUAUCAUUGCUGCUCAUGGCGCGGGUUCAAGGCAAAUGGCUCUGACUUCGUGAAACAGUGGAAAACAUUCAACUUCUUUGAAGUCUCGCAAGUCAAGCUUCCAGAGGAGAGCUCCUCGGUGUUCAACGAUGACGUUGCUUGCCUUUGCACCGGCUCCGAUAACCUCUUCCUUGGCACCAAUGAUGGAGUCGUCCAUAUCGUGUCGUCAUCCUUUAAGGUUGUCCGCUCGUUCAAGGCCCACGAUGCGGGUUCCAUCAGGCAUAUGAAGCAGGUUGAGGGCACAUCGCUUCUAGUUACAAUCGCGGAGGAUCUACCGAACGAGCCCGUCCUCAAGGUCUGGGCGCUUGACGAGAUCGGGAAGAAAACCGGGGCACCGCGCUGUCUUUCGACGUUAUCUGUGCAGAACGGCAGGAGACCAUUUCCAGUGUCUGCUUUUGCAGCUCUAGAUGAUCUGUCCCAGCUUGCUGUAGGGUUCGCGAAUGGCUCCGUCGCCAUCAUCCGGGGCGAUUUAAUCAAUGACCGUGGUGCGAGACAACGUAUUGUCUUUGAGUCUGAGGAGCCUAUUACGGGGCUGGAAACGCAAAGGGGUCACACGACGAUUUUGUACAUCGCUACUACCAAUCGAAUCCUCACAUUGACAAUCGCUGGACGGGGCCAGGGACAACCUGCACGAGUGUUGGAAGACGCCGGCUGCGGACUUGGCUGUAUGGCCUUGGAAAAGGAGACGGGAGACAUUCUGAUUGCUAGGGAGGAUGCUAUCCACACCUAUGGACCCCGUGGACGUGGGCCCAGUUAUGCUUUUGACAGCCCCAAGUCCUCGCUUAAUCUUUUCAGAGGUUAUGUUGCCUUGGUGUGCCCACCGAAAACUUCGAAGUCAGAUUCCUUGCGGAGGCUUGGCGUGAGUCAGGUUGAUGAUAUCUUCAAUACCUCGACUUUCACGCUGCUCGAUACGGAUUUGAAGUUUAUAGCCCAUUCGGAGGUCCUUGUCUCUCCUGCAAAGAGCGUAUUCACGAUAUGGGGGGACCUAUUUCUCAUUACCAUUGAUGGGAAGAUUUAUCGCUAUCACGAGAAAAGCCUUCAGCAGAAACUCGAGAUUUUGUACCAGAGGAAUCUUUACAUUCUUGCCAUCAAUCUCGCCCAGAAAGCCGGCGUUGAUACUCUGCAACAAAACGUGAUUUUCCGCAAAUAUGGUGAUUACUUAUAUCAAAAAGGGGACUAUGAUACUGCAAUGCAACAAUACCUUCGAGCAAUCGAUAACACUGAGCCCUCUCAAGUUAUUCGGAAGUUCCUGGACACACAACGGAUACAUAACCUCAUCGAAUACUUAGAGGAGUUACAUGAUCAUGAAAGAGCGACCGCAGAUCAUACUACCUUGCUGUUGAAUUGUUAUGCGAAGUUGAAAGACACGAGCAAGCUGGACUCCUUCAUCAAAGCUCCUGGCGAGCUGAAAUUCGAUCUCGAAACAGCCAUAGCGAUGUGUCGUCAAGGCGGAUAUUUUGAGCAGGCUGCCUACCUCGCCACCAAGCACGGUGAACAUGACAUGAAACUGUUGCUAUCCAUCUGGAAUUGGGAGCUGAUGUGGAACAAGGCCUAUCCAAAUCUGAUGAAGUAUGCUCGUGUCUUGCUAGGACAUUGUCCACGUGAGACAACGCAGUUAUUCAUAGAUUACUAUACCGGUAGGUACCGGCCGAAGAAGGAAGCGGAGCUUCCUGUGAAGACCGAGACGCAGUCGGGAAGCGCCGUUCAGAACCUGGCAGCUCUGCUGCCCUUGCCUUACGUGGGUACAGGUGGGACAAAAGCACAGCCUUCUGAAGCUCAAGUGACUUCAGAGGAGAAAAGCCUUGACGUAACUCCAACUUAUGAAAUUCCUAAACCAAGAACUGCCUUUUCCGCGUUCGUCGACCAUCCAGACGAGUUCAUCACUUUUCUAGAAGCUCUCAUUAAACAGGAGUCAUUGAAAAAGGAGGACAAAAUUGACCUCUACACUACUCUUUUUGAGAUGUACCUGGAUACUGCGAAAAGAAAGAAAGAUGCAAGCGAGAGACAAGAGUGGGAAAACAAAGCCAAGAAAUUGAUAGAAGGCAAAGAUAUACCUAUCUCAACGUCCAAUGUUCUCCUACUCUCAGACCUGUCCAACUUCCGGGAGGGAACAACACUCGUCAGGGAGCAAGAAGGCCUGCGCUCCGACAUAUUCCGUUCCUACACCGCGGCGAAGGACACUCAGGGUGUGAUUAAGGCACUGAGAAAGUAUGGACCAGAAGAGCCGCAAUUAUACAUCGAUGCUCUAGCGUACUUCACUUCCAGCCCGAAAAUUCUGGAAGAAGCGGGGGACGAACUGAAUGCUGUCUUGCGAAAAAUUGACGAAGACGGACUAAUGGCACCAUUACAAGUCAUUCAAGCGCUGAGCAAUAAUGCGGUUGUGACAAUGGGUAUGAUAAAGAAAUAUCUGAGCGAUAACAUUGAGAGGGAACGCAAGGAGAUUUCCACGAACCGUCGUUUGAUAUCCAGUUACAGCAGUGAAACAGAGAGCAAGAAGAAGGAGAUUGAGGAAUUGGGCACAAAGCCAGUAGUAUUCCAGGCGCGUCGCUGCAUGUCCUGUGGAGGAAGUUUGGAGUUACCAGUCGUCCACUUUCUUUGCAAGCACUCUUUCCAUCAGCGAUGUCUGGACAGAACUGAUGAGGAUGCGGAAUGCCCUGUAUGUGCGCCACAGCAUGCCACGAUCAAGGCAAUACGAAAACGACAGGUGGAAUCGGCGGACCAGCACGAUCUCUUCAAUAGCGAACUGCAUCGCAGCAGAGAUCGAUUUGGCCUUAUCAGCGAAUUCUUUGGCCGCGGGGUCAUGCGGCCCCAGAAAACUGAAUAG